AUGAGCGUUUGCAGUGGCAGCGCGCCCUCAGGUAAGAGGCAGGUUCUCUUCGCCGUUGACAGCUCAGAAAACGCCAAGUUUGCAUUCCAGUGGUACCUGAAAUGGUGCAGUCGUCCAGACGACACGGUUCUAUUUUUCCACGUGAUUGAACCACCUACCCUCCCCUCUGUGAACCUCCACCACCCGAUCUCAUUCCCGAUCGAGGAGUGGGUCAAAAUCGUGGCCAAGGCUCUUGAGUCAGUCAAGCAACUGGAAGAAGACUACAUGUCUGAGGGCAUGGCCGCGUCGUUGAAUUGUGAAUUCGUGAGCGAACAAGCCGAUAAAGUCGGCCCGGCUAUAGUAAAACAGGCGGAGAAAGUGGGUGCGCAUCUCAUUGUCAUGGGCACACGGGGACUUGGAGUUAAUCGAAGGACUCUGUUGGGCAGCGUCAGCUUCUACGUCCUCCACGAAUCCUCAAUCCCCGUCACCGUGGUGCCAAAGGUGUGA